UCCAUCUUCGAUUUCAACACCUACAAAAAAAAGCUUAUAAUUAAAGAACCAUAAAGAAGACCACAAAAGAGAAACUCUCACAUUCUCAAGAGUUUCUUUCCUUCUUUCUUACAAUGGCUUUACUAACUUUCUUGCCGGAAAACGCAGAGCCGCCUCAAAAACACAAUCCACCGUCGAGCAAACGCAAGAAACGCGAGAAUCCCACCGAUCAAACUCAACCGCAUAAACAGAAACCACACAAACCGCAGAAAUCGAAAAAAGCAGUACUUCCUAAGCAGCCUUCUUCAUGGGACCAAAUCAAGAACCUAUUAACUUGCAAGCAAAUCGAAGGAUCAAGAGUCCAUGAUCCUUCCAAGAACUCUCAGCCUGCUCCGUCCAUAACUACUAACUUAUCUCCUUCCAAGCUCGGCUCGUCGUGCAGCUCCAUAUGUAGCUUCAGAGACGUGGCUCACGGCAACACUCGCGUGGUUCAUAGAGCAGACCACUCUCCCGACGUAGCUAACUCGACUGCUCCUGACUCGGAGACUCGGCUUCUGACUCGGAAACCUGGUCAACACGGUUCCUCUUCGUCUCGGUCUCUUACAUCUGGCUCAACGAGAUCUAACGCCAGCGGGAGUUACACGUCAUCAUCAACGACUUCGUUUAGAGCCAUGCAGUUCCGUAAACUCUCCGGAUGUUACGAAUGUCACAUGAUCGUUGACCCUAGCAGGUAUCCAAUUUCGCCUAGGGUUUGUGCUUGUUCCCAAUGUGGAGAAGUUUUUCCCAAGCUUGAAAGCUUAGAGCUUCAUCAAGCUGUUCGUCACGCAGUUUCGGAGUUAGGUCCGGAAGAUUCGGGUCGAAACAUAGUGGAGAUCAUAUUCAAAUCAAGCUGGCUUAAAAAAGACAGUCCCAUCUGUCAAAUCGAACGGAUAUUAAAAGUCCACAACACUCAACGUACGAUCCAGCGGUUCGAAGACUGCCGAGACGCGGUGAAGGCGCGUGCGCUUCAAACUACCAGAAAAGACGCUCGUUGUGCCGCCGACGGCAACGAGCUUCUGCGUUUCCACUGCACUACUCUCACUUGCUCUCUCGGAGCUCGUGGCUCGUCUUCUCUCUGCUCUAACCUCCCUGGCUGUGGCGUAUGCAACGCGAUUCGCCACGGAUUCCUAGGAAAAUCCGCUGGCGGAGGAGGAGCCACCGCAACCGCUAGCGUCGGCGGGGUGAGGACGACGGCGAGUAGCGGAAGAGCUGAUGAUUUGCUGACGUGUAGCGAUGAUGCGAGGAGAGUGAUGCUUGUGUGUCGGGUAAUCGCUGGGAGAGUUAAGCGCAUUAAUUUACUCGCGGCGGAGGCUUCUGCUACGGCGGAGACGAAGUCUCCGGUGGAGGAUAGUUCGGCGGUUGGAGUUUCAUCGAGCGGUGGUGUGUUUGACUCGGUGGCGGUCAACGCUGGAGUUUAUUCGAAUCUGGAGGAGCUUGUGGUUUAUAACCCGAGAGCUAUAUUACCUUGCUUCGUGGUUAUUUACAAAGUCUUAGAAUCUUGAAAUUGUAAUUUUAACUUAAGAAAAAUAAUGGUUGUUCUAGUACUACUUCUAACUUUUUAAUAGUGUAAGGAGAUUAGGUUAAUUAAUCAUCAACCUGAAUCAUAAAUUCCAUCUUAUUAUUGACUUAAUAAGUGUGUAAUUCUUAGGAUUUUAAGCUAAUAUGUGUUGGAUAAUUCUAGGAAGAGGCUAUCUCCUACGAAGUUGCCAAAAGAGAUAGAUUAUGAAAAGGAAAAGUUCCUAUUAUCAUUAAGUUGUGUAGUGGUAAUUCUAAUAGGUUUAGGAAAAGUGUAAACCUAUAAAUAUAAGAGUCGGCGGAGAGGUGUUCCAUAAGACUUGAGAGAAAGAGAUAUUUAGUUUUU